UACAGUUAGAGUGUCCGCUGUUAGAGUCGUGUAAGCUUUUUAGGGUAAAGUUAUGUCAUAGUUGGAAACUUAAAGUUUUUUUUUUUUUUUUUUUUUGGUAACAUAAUUACUCAUAAUUAGAAACUGUCGUUUCAGUAAGGGGUCUUGUGGCGAGUUUUGUUAUAAUAAAUAGUCGCUAUAUCAGUUCAAAAUCAAACACAAAACGAAUAUUUAUAAUGCCCAUCGAAAUCUGAAUUUGCUGGAAACAUCAACAUUAUGAAGAGGAUUUCCACCUUCUUUCAGAUUUUACUACUAACGUGCAGUGUAUUCGGUGCUGAUGCUGAGAUGAAGGCAGUAUCAGUGAUGGAGGGAGAUUCUGUCACUUUAAACCCUGAUCAGGAAUUACAGGGGAUUGUUCUGCUACUUUGGAAGUUUGGAGACAACGGUUCCACCAUUGCUCACAUCAGUGGAAAUAAGACCUCAUAUCCUACUAAGCAGAAGAUAUUUACAGACAGACUGAUGCUGAAAGAGACUGGAUCUCUUACCAUCAACAACAUGAGACACAAUCACUCUGGACGUUAUAAACUAGAGGUAGACCACAGUGGAGGGAGAUUAGAAUCAAGCUUCUUUGUUACUGUAGAUGAGCCUCCACUUGUUUUUGAAGCUUAUCAAGCUGAAAGAAAAAGCUUGACAGUGACAGAGGGAUAUCCAGUCAUUCUUCACACUGGUAUUACUAAACUACACGGAGAUGAGCUGAUAGUGUGGAGGUUUGGUGUUGAAGGAAAACUCCUGGCUAAAGAAGAUAAAGAGAUCAAGAGUCCACCAUAUUAUGAUACUGAUGAGAGAUUCAAAGGCAGACUAAAGCUAAAUGACCAGACUGGAUCUCUGACCAUCAACAACAUGAAAGACACAGAUGCUGGACUUUAUACAGUGAAGAUCAACAACAACAAACUGACAACAUACAGAGAUUUCACUGUUACUGUCAGUGGUUCAGGUCUGACUUCAGCUGCUGUAGCAGGAAUUAUUAUUGGUCUGCUGAUGCUGUUUGCUGUUGUAGCUGGAUCGGGUUUUCUUUACCAUCGCCGCAUGAUUGCUGAACAACAGAAACACAUGGUAAAAAAAAUACAUACAGCAGAGAGAGAAAAUGUGACUUUAAAGACUAAAACUAAACUACUUGAAGGUGAUGAGAUCCAGUGGUGGUUUAGCAAUGAAAACUUCCUAAUAGCUGAAAUAAUUGAAGGGAUUGGAGAGACAUAUGAUGGUCUUGAUGGGAGAUUCAGUGACAUCCUGGAGCUGGACAAGAAGACUGGGUCUCUGAACAUCAAGAACAUCAGACGUAAACACACUGGUGAUUAUAGGUUAAAGAUAAUCAAGCGGAGCAGAGAAACCUCAAAUUUUAAUUUCAGUGUUUAUAUUAAAGAGGAGAAAAUGAUAGUGAGUUGUGGAGAAUCUGUCACUCUUAAGGCUGAUGCUGAAAUACAGAGAGAGGAUGAGGUACAGUGGCUGUUUCAUAUUGAAAAUGAUCUGAUUGCUAAAAUGACCGGCAACACCAGAGAGAUAACAUAUCCUGAUGAGAGAUUCAGAGACACACUGAAGAUGGACGAGAAGACUGGAUCUCUGACCAUCAAUAACAUUGGAGAUGAACAUACUGGACUUUAUAAAGUGAAGGUCAUCAGCAGAGGAGAAGCCACGUACAAGACAUUCACUGUUUACAUUAACGCUCUCAUAAAUGAAAAGUUCAUUUUUGACGGAAGGAUAGGAGAAUCUGUCACACUAAAACCUUAUAUUAAAAUACAGAGAAAUAAUGAAAUACAGUGGAUGAUUGGAGAUCAAGACUGUCUAAUUGCUAAAAUGACCAGAGGAGCUAGAAAGAUAACAUACCACGAGAGAUUUAGAGACAGACUAAUGCUGAAUGAGAAGACUGGAUCUCUGACCAUCAACAACAUCACUAUUGAAGACAACAGAGAUUAUAAACUGAAGAUCAUCAGCAGCAGUGGAACCACUGUAAAGAAAUUCAGUGUUUUUAUCAAAGGGGAGCCAAGUUUUUUCUGUGUGGGACAUACAGCUGUUCUACAGUGUGCUGCAGAGAUACAGACUGAUGAGAUCGAAUGGAGGUUUAAAGGUGAGGAGUCUCCCAUAGCUGAAGUGAAAGGUGGACAGAUCGUUCCAUAUAAUGGUCCUAAUAGGAGAUUCAGAGACAGACUGGAGGUUGAUAAAAGUAAUGGAUCACUGAUCAUCAAGAACAUCAGACGUGAGCAUGAGGGGCUUUAUAAGCUAAAGAGAAAGAGUUCCGGCACAGGAGACCGUGUCAAUGCAUUCACUGUUACGCUCUGUGAUUCCAUUAUUGUCGGAUGGGUAGGAAAAUCUGUCACACUAAAGUCUGAUACUGAAAUACAGAGAAACUAUGAAAUACUGUGGCUGAUUGAAGACAGUCUAAUUGCUAAAUUGACCAGAGAAGCUAGAGAGAUAACAUAUUACAGAUUCAGAGACAGACUAGUGCUGGACGAGGAGACUGGAUCUCUGACCAUCAACAACAUCACUGUUGAAGACAACAGAGAUUAUAAACUGAGGAUCAUCAGCAGCAGUGGAACCACUGUAAAGAAAUUUGGUGUUCUUACCAAAGGGGAGCCAAUGUCAUUCAAUGAGGGAGAUACAGCUGUUCUACAGUGUGCUGCAGAGAUACAGACUGAUGAGAUUGAAUGGAGGUUUAAAAGUGAGGAGUCUCCCAUAGCUGAAGUGAAAGGUGGAAAGAUCAUUCUAUAUAAUGGUCCUGAUAGGAGAUUCAGAGACGGACUGGAGGUUGAUAAAAAGACUGGAUCACUGAUCAUCAGUAACAUCAGAUGUGAGCAUAAGGGCCUUUAUCAACUAAUGAAAAAGAGUUCCAGCACAGGAGACCAUAUCAGUGCAUUCGAUGUUAUGGUCUAUGGUUCCACAGGAAACCAAGUGAAGGACUCAGUGACUGAAAAAUCACCAUUGUUGUAUGAAGAUGAUCAGAAUGUCGUGUAUGAGAAUGAGAGGAUGAGUUCACUUUAAUGAGAGAAGACACGCCCACCAAUGCCAAUCACUGUGACAUCAUCAACAUUUAAAGGUGACAUAUAGUGCAUUGUUUCAGUUAGUUGAAUUAUUUUGUAUUAUCUACAGGUAACAGUCUGUGUUUUGGCUGACAAACUUCUGGUGACUUAAAAACUUCAAACUGAUUAAGAACUUUACCUAAAGUACAUGCAAAUGUUGAGAGCAUGCUAACUAAUAGUCCCGUGUGCAACUUAACAGUCUAAUAGAUUUUCAAGAGAACGAGGAAACAAGGAGGUUUGAGGCUCAUGAGGUAUGGCUGUUUCCAUGUGCGCAGCAAUUAUUAUUCAGUUAUUCCUAGGUAUAACCAGAUUUUCAUUAUAUAGCACUUUUAAAGCUCCAGCUACAACCACAAAUCAUGUUUCUGCUUUUCUGAGCUUCUAGAAUCCGUCCAGUGAAUGUAGGAAACAAAAGUGUGUUUGAUCAGCGUUAAACUCUUGCGUGCACGUAUGUGUAUGUGUAUGUGUGUGUGUGUGUGUGUGUGUGUGUGUGUGUGUGUGUGUGUAUAAAAAGAUUCUGUGUUUAGAUGAAGAUGGAAGUGUGUUGCUAAAACACUUGAUAUCAUUUUAUAAAUGUUACUCAUCAUAUCUGUUAUUCUGUUAGUAGUUUAAUUCUCAGAGCUUUGAUUGAGUGUGAUUGUAGACAGCGAUCAGCUUUUAUCAUAUGUUUUACCACAGCAGUGUUUCUCUAAUCAUUGCGUUAGAUGUGUUUUAAUUUUAAUAAUUAACACCAAUAUCAGGAUAAUGGCACUGUUUUUGGGUCUCGGGUAUGAAACCCACAUUUCAGAAACAUCUUGACCAUCAGUGCCAGACCUCUAUUCAGUCUAUUAUUGUUACACGUUUAUUGAAGAAGUUAAUCAGCUGUAACUCUUAUUUACAGUAUUUUACUUUUCAUUUAAACUUUAUACUUUUCAUUAUUUACUAUUAUUGAGUCUAUUAUUUCACUCUCAUUUUAUUAUGCUUUAAAAUGUUGUUCUGAAGUGAAUCUUCCUUAUGUAAAUCUGAUCUGCGUGUCAAAUUUAGUAUAUAAAGGACUUUGUAUUUAUGUUGAAGCACUUAAAUUAGCCUUUAACUAAAGCUCUUGUUCAACUCGAGCACUUCCUGAAGUGACGUCGCACUGUUGUGAAAUUGCCUUUGAUUUAUUGAUGAAUCUGUUGGUCAUUUUUGACGACUGCAUGUUCAUAAUGAAUACAUGUCAAAUACUUACUGAAACUUUCUGUCCUCAAGUUUAGUGGACGAAUAUUGUUUCUAGUUUUGCUUUCUAACAACUGUUUUAAAACACAAAACACUUGAAAAUGUAUUCAAUUGGUAUUCGAGCCAAAAAUAAUAAAGAAAAUUUGUGUGAAA